AUGGCUUUGAAUCUGAGCGAGUCGCGGCGUCUGGCAUCUCGGAGGAACGUCUCCCAGCCGACCCCCCCGAGACUUGCGCCCCUUCCGGACAGUGCUCCCGGAGGGAGCCUUAGGCAGCACCUCCAGCAGCAGAGGAAGAUGUCGCGCACUGUCUCGCCUAAGCCCGACCGCUCGCCGAGGAUAGGUGCCGGGAGAAUCUUCAAUCCGCUGCAGUCUGCGUUCGAGCCUGAGGGAGGUUAUCGUUACCACUUCUCGCAAUCCACGCUCGCUAGAGCCCAGAAGGCCAAGGAGUACUUGGACCUCAUGGCACAGUACAGACGCGUGCUUGAAUUGGUUGCUCCGUUGGACCCGCCGCGGACAGCUGGAUCCUCGGCCGUUAGCCCACCGGGAACGCCGAAUAGCUCAACCCAGGUGUCCCGGGUUUCUACCGCCGAGCAAUCUGAUGCAAGGAUUGGACGUCCUUACAAUCCCCUACAAUACAUUCGGAAUCGCAAGGUACGGGCUCGAGAAAGAAAGGUUAUUGACGGCGAGGCGCAGGGUUUCAACGAUGUCUCCAAGGUUUCCGAAUGGAUAGACGACGUAGCAAAAUGGGUAGCUACGGGGCAGGCUCGCACACCUGGGAAUCCGGCGCUCCCUCCAUUUCCCGGCGCCCAGAUCACCAACCUGCAGAGCUCGCCACCAUCAACAAACCCGAGGACGGUUGUUGCUACGGGAAAGUCAAAACGGCCACGGGUUGACUGGGUCAUUGACCCAGCAGACAUGAUUGCGGACGUGUACUGGCUGGAGCUUGAUGAUAACAAGAAGCUGGUCGAGGACCGCCAUCGGAGGCGUAUUUUCCCUCAAGGGCCUAACGUUCCUCAAGGGCCAUCCUGCGACGAUGCAGCCCCGCGCCUGACUACUCCAGGAAGAUCAGCCAAGGACUCCUCAGACGCGCUUACGUCUGCUGAGAAAGCAACCCCGGAACCACCACCCUCGAGACAUGAUCACGAACAUGUCCUGAGUGCAGCCCGAGACCGGGCCCAGCAGAAGCUCAAGGCGCUAAAAAGUUCGCACCAUCGGCAUGCCAGCGCUAUCACUAGCCGUGACUUGCUUCGCCUUCACCGGGGUUCACUGUCCGAGUCGUCUGACACCGAUAGCGACCGCCGACGGCGCGCGGGGAGCGGAAUCCCGGCUAGCACCAUAAAGUCUGUAUUGGAAAAGCAAAUGGAGGAAAUGAUUGCACGGGAACAGCGAGAUGCCGAAUCUCACCCACUUUACGACCACGAGACUUCACGUAUAAAGGUCCCCAAUCUGAGUCCGAUGACUCCAGAACGAGAUCGGAGACCCGCUACCAACGCUCCUACAACUCGCCAGCGACUCGACUCGCGAACAGAUUUGAGUGAGGCCGAGGGGAAGAAUGCUGGAUCGAAAAUGCACGCUACUGGGCGGGCUAGUCUUGAGGUCCCGAGCAGCAGGCGGUUCUCGAUCAACUCUGACACGUCGCAGCCAAACUCUCCAGACCUGCGUCCCGCGCGUGAUAUCGGCCGAGUCCCCGCGAUUGGCGAUCUCUCGCCCAUGUCGAGCAGACCGAGCUCACCUCCUCGGAAUCCCCUCAAAGUCAUGAACAUCUUCCGCGAGCGAAGCAAGGAACGCAGCUCAGAUGUUCCCGCGAACGGAGACGAUAGCUCUACUUCACCGCCAGGGGUGUCUGAGAUCUUGCUCAGCUCGCCAGAGAUGGUUUGGAACGAUGUAUCGCCAGCAAGCCGGAAGCCAUCUCGCAGUCCAACCGGAGGAAGGAUUCUAGGCCACCGUUCGCAUAAAAGCACUGGCAACGCAAGGCUCCGCGGAGAGGAUGGUGGCAUUAGUUUCCGAUCACUGCUGCGCGGCGGCCCUCGCAUCGAUACUGUCCUGCGAAGCAGCGUCUCAAAGGUCAGCGACAUGCUCUGGCGGAGGGAUACGAGCGGACUUGAUGACCAAUCCUCUUCGACAUCGUCGGAUGACUCGGAUGACGAGACCAGGGGUAGGCCCCGUGGUCCGCGGGACGUGCGACGCACAGAAUCUGAGGACGAAAAGAGUCCUCUCGAGGGAAUGCCAGAUGUCUUAUCAGCAGCGAACCUCAACACUUCCGGGCCCCAAGGGCAACUCAGUGCUUCCCCUCCAGCACAGCCUCUCAGCCGGCGGUCCUCACGGUUUGAUCUUCUCAAGCCGCCGCGGAUUGACGUCCAUAGCGCUUCUCCGAGCCAGUCCCCAACCCCGCAGGUGCGGCAUCGCGAUCAAGUCGACUCAGACAUGGAAUCCCAUGCCGACCGGGACUGUACCGCCUCCGACAGCGUUGUCACCUCACCCACGCUCUCCAAACACUACCCUCUCGCUACCAGCCGUCACUGGCUCCUCACCAAUCGCUAUCGCACCCCUUCCCACCCCGGCGGCUCUGGCACCGCGGUGGUAUCCAAGCGCGAAAUCGCCCGCGUCCGCGCGCUACUCCUCAGCGCUGGCAUCCACGCGAUGGAAAUGGACCGUCGCGCCGGGCAAUUGUCCACGGCCAUGCCCAAGGGCAGUAGUACGUCACUACUGCUCCCCUCCCCGGAGAUCACUACUACCGACUCCUCGUUCACAAAAACCACCCCUCUCCCAUUACUACCGCAAACGCACAUCUACCCCUUCGCCGCGCGCACCCUCUCCGCCUCGGUUCAAUCCUCCGCGUCCCACUUCCACACGCUAGCGUCCCACUUCGCCGCGACCACGAGCCCGGCCCUGAUCCGGCGCGCCGAGGCGCUGCAGAAACAAGUCGCCGACGACCUGACGGCGCUCGCGCAGUCGGCCAUCGACGCCGCUGACGACGCCAACCACGACCUUGUCGUCGGCCAGCGGCUGAAGGUGAAACGGGCCGUGGAUACCAUGGAGAAGAUGCUCCGCCGCCGGAGAAGACGGUUCCGCUGGGUGCGCCGCGCCGGCUGGUUGGCGGUUGAAUGGGUGCUUGUCGGGUUCAUGUGGUACGUUUGGUUUGUGGUUAUGAUUGUGAGGGUUGUGUUUGGGGUUGGGAAAGGGGUUGUUAUGGGGGUUAGGUGGCUCUUAUGGCUUUAG